GAGAGAUGCGCAUGCAUUAGAAAAGGACGGGCUUAAUCUGGGAAUAAAACGAGUUGCGUAUUUGUCGUUUUGACUGCGCAUCCCGACAGUCAGUUUCCAUAACAUAGAUUUCAUAGGACUGCUGUUGUCGGAGGGAUGCUGUGAAGAGGAAGUGCUUAUUUGACUCCACAUUCACAAAGACAAACAGAAGUAUGGGUCUGCAGACUGUGUUCCGUGCGGUGACCAUGGGGCCCCCGGGCUCAGGGAAGGGGACCGUGUCGAGUCGGAUAGCGCAGAGUUUCGGACUGAAGCAUCUCUCCAGUGGAGACAUGCUGCGGGCCAAUAUCGAGGCGAAGACAGAUUUGGGUCUCCUGAUGAAGUCGUGCAUCGAUCAGGGUCAGCUGCCCUACUUCUACUUGAACAGGAGUAAAGGAGUAUUGGAGACCUUCUCAGGAACUGAAACCAACAAGAUAUGGCCUCACGUUCAUGCCUUCCUGACCAGGAAAAUCCCAGGAAACCAGCAGGCUGUGGGAAAAGCGUGAUUGCACAACCACCUUGAGGACUUUCACCACAGCUGAUCUGAAGUACACUGUUGGACUCGAGCACAAUGCACCUCUGUGGCCUUAAGCAGUCUACUGUAUUUGCCGAAGCCUUUGGUGUCACCAUCUGCUUUUAUGCCUUUGUGA